UACUCCUGAGCAGCCACGUCAGGGAAACUUGAAGAUAGCGAAACGAAACGUUGAGUCCAAAAAGACAUUACUGUGCGUCGCGGACAACGAAGAGGGUUUUGUGGGAGAUAUUUUGGCUUGGAUUUGGACUUCAUUCGGACUGUUGUAUGCAUAAUUUUCUUGAAAAUGUCAGAUAUCGGGGACUGGUUUAAGAGUAUCCCGUUCAUCACCAGAUACUGGUUUGCUGGGUCAAUCAUAGUACCCCUAAUAGGAAAACUGGGACUCAUUAGUCCCGUGUACCUCGUUUUGUGGCCGGAAUAUUUUAUUAACAAAUUUCAGAUAUGGAGACCCAUAACCUCAACAUUGUACUUCCCCGUCGGCCCUGGCACCGGAUUCCUAUACUUGGUCAACUUGUAUUUCCUUUACCAGUACUCAACAAGGCUUGAAACAGGUGCCUUUGAUGGGAAGCCAGCAGACUAUGUAUUUAUGCUGCUUUUCAAUUGGAUUUGCAUUGUUAUAACAGGAUUAAUCAUGGACAUGCAGCUCUUGAUGAUUCCGCUGAUAAUGUCAGUGCUGUAUGUGUGGGCUCAGCUGAACAGGGACAUGAUUGUGUCCUUCUGGUUUGGGACUAGAUUUAAGGCUUGCUAUCUUCCUUGGGUGAUCCUGGGAUUCAAUUAUAUCAUUGGAGGAUCCAUUGUCAAUGAACUUAUUGGAAACCUUGUUGGGCACUUGUACUUCUUCCUGAUGUUCAAGUAUCCUAUGGACUUAGGAGGGCGGGCAUUUCUUUCAACACCACAGUUCCUGUAUAGAUUCUUCCCCAGCAGAAGAGGUGGUGUCUCUGGGUUUGGCGUCCCUCCAGCUAGCAGGAGACCUGCAGCUGAUGAGCAGGAUGGACGCGGCCGACACAACUGGGGCCAGGGCUUCAGACUAGGAGAGGACUGAGGGGGGUCUUCCUUCACCUUUGAAGAAAGACUUUCAUUAUUGUGCAAAUCGAAAUAAUGGUUCACAAAAGGCAGUGGAUUAUGCCCUGUCAAGAGAAGAAAUUUGUCCGGCAGUGAGAUCUAAGCUGCAGACCAGCAUGAUUUUUUGUUUCUAUUGCUUUUUUUAUGAUGCCGUAGUGCAUUACAUAGUGUACCUGAUAGGUCACCUUAUGUGCACAAAUUCACAACAACUUUUGCAAGGCUUUAUUAAACAUGGGUUUUGAAGAGAUGUGUACUAUAAUUUGAGCAUAGAAGAAACCAUCGGAUUUCUUUGCAUGUUCCUGUCUGGAAAAAAACACGACGAGAAUUCUUUUCAGAUUUUAAAAGUUUGUUUAGUGUUCAUUAAUAUUUCUCAUAUACUACUACAUAAUACAUACAAUACUAAAAAAAUAUUUCAUGUGAGUAUCCCAUUGUUACUUAGGUUUGAUGAUGGUCAUUAAUCUAACCUCUAUAGUUACCUUAAUUGGAUGGGAUGUACAAAUAAAAGCAGAAAAUCUAAAUUGGAGAAAUCGGUAUACUUUUAAUAGCAAUUGAUUCAAGACUACUUUGCUGUUUUCCAAAUGGACACCAGGCAUCUUGUUUUGCUAGCUGUACUUAUUGAUCUUCCAUCAUAACAAACACACAGCAGCUUUUUAAAAUUCUUCACAAACAGCAAGCUAAUUUUUGGAGGUGAAAACUUGAGUUAAGUGCUACAUGGGUGCACUUUUACAUUAGGUACAGUUGGCUCCAGAAGAGCUGCCGACAGUUUGAAGCAAUUCAUCUACAUACAGUACCAUUAAGAUCAAGCUGUUUAAACGUUUCGACAUUUCCCUAAAGAACUGGGAUGAAACAUAGCUCUUGAAUUGUUGUGCCAUAAUCAGGUGUUAACUGUUUGUGGUCUUAGCUGUGUACUAAGGUUGGUUUACAGAGAAUGUUAGGUCAGGAAAUUGAGUCAUUUUAUAUAUUUUGAGAUUAAAAGCAGGGUUUAAAUGUUAACUACUGAGAUUAUAUAGAAGCCUUUUUAUUUUCAGUUAAAGCGCUCAUAGUAAAUUAGCUUGGUUUUCUUUAAUGCAUUCACACAAGGUGAAGUUUCUCAGUAGAAUGCUUAUUUGCAACUACGUCCAGUAUAUGUAAAUUGUUCCAUACAAUCCAGAAUUGGAGAAAACAAACUUAAUUAGCUCACUUCUAUAUUGGUACUGUAUUGCUAUAAAAACCUAAUUGUAAAGUUAUCAUUACUUAAAUUGCAGUAAUCGUUUUAUAUACACAAGUGAAUGCAAUGGUUAAUAUGUAAAACGAAUGUUACAAUAUAUUACUGCUUAUGAUUUCUUGAACUUUUAGGUUUUUUAAAUGCAGCUGCUUAUUUCAAGACUUUUUAUCUGUGGUUUUCGUCCUUUCCCGAUAAAAUUAUUUAUAACCCGAUUAUCAAUGACAUAGGUGUUAAUACCCUAAACAGCAAAUUGUCCCUCUGUACACUGUUUUGUACAAUGGGAUCCUUUCUGUAGUAAUAGAACUAAAGGAAAUGUUCAAUUAAAACCAAAACUUGUUGUGGG